AGUAUGGCAGAUUCACAGGGAAUCAAGCACGGGACAGGAAGCACCAAGCUUUGGCUGACACAAACUGCAGUUUGAUUCAAGGCUUAUAUGCAAGGCAAAGGGAGAUGGAUCCAUGAAACGAUGGGGUCAUCAACAAUCUCUGGAGUUUUGUAACGGACAUCUAUCAUUGUCGGACUGAUAGCUGACAGGCAGCAACUGAUGACUCUAGCCCGUAAUAGACAUGUUCUCUGCUGGUUUCAGUGUGUUUUAACUGACAGCACGGAUGGUUCAUUUAAGGGUCAUCACACGAAGACAGAACCUGAUAUGCGUCCUAAGGACACUGAGUGACUAUAUGUCCUAAUGGACAUGGGAAAUUGGAAGUCGAUCGAUUUUCAAAAUUAAUAGCAGUGUAGAUGUUGUGUAGUACGAGUGAUUAAGAAGAACCAUCUCAGUCUCAUGUCGCCCUCCUGGAUAAAACAUGAUAGUCACACACGCAAAGAUACCUUCAUGCUUGCUAAGACGAUAACUUGUUCCAUGUUGAUGGUGUGUGGUUGAACAUCAAGUGGGAUUAUUUGUGGAGGUGUAAAGGAAUGCGAAAACUGUCCCUUUGAUGUGGCACACAUUGGGUACGUGGUAGACGAAUGUUUCCGAAGUGAUACAGAAGCAAGACGAAAAUAUCAUUAAUUACUGACGUGCUGGGACUUGCAACAGCAAUCUGUCAUACAUGGCUACAUGUGCAAUGGUGACAUUCGAUUGGACUCAUUGGAAUAAAUUCUCUGUUCCAUAUUUGUAAAGAUCUCGGAGACAGCAGCAUGAUGGCCGCCGGGAAUAAGAGUUCUGGGGACCGGAUAGCCCUUCUCCCGGCGGAUCUAUAUGCCUAUUUCGACAUGUCGGAUCUCGACCAGUCGGGGAACUAUUCUCUCGAAGACUUUAUGAAGGUUGCUACGGAAUAUAAGGAAUCUGAUCGCUGGUUCGAUGGGCUGACUGAACUCUGUCUCACAUUGAGCUUCUCCUUGCUGAUGCUUAUAGGUAUCUCCGGUAACAUUACUGUUGGGCUGGUCAUCCUGCGGAGGAGGUCGUCACAGUCGACUCGCAACUGGUACAUUUUUAAUCUAGCUGUGUCGGACAUUUUAACGUGUAUAUUUUGUAAACCCUUUCUCAUCCUGAGAAUGAUCCUAAAGAAUUGGGAUAUCGGCGUAUUUAUGUGCAAACUAGUGCCUACUUUACAAACAACAUACGUACUCGUAUCAACACUCACGAUCUUAGCCCUGGCAGUGGAUCGGUACAAGGCAAUUCUGUACACGUCAGGAAAGGAUCGGAAUGUCAAGAUAACGCGAUAUAUUAUUCCAACUAUAUGGGCGGUGUCAUUGUUCGUGGCACUCCCGAUAUUCUUGACGCAUGAAGUGGAACAUGUGAUUGGAUUUAAUGGCGUUCCCUUAUACUCUAUCUGCCGUGAGAAAUGGAAUUCCUAUGUCCUACUGACAAUAUACACUAUAUUCGUUCUGCUAAUCCAGUACCUAUCACCGAUGGUUUCUAUAAUAACCCUUCAUGUUAAAAUAUGUCAGUUCCUCGGAGUAAGGAUCCACACACGGGGUGCCCAAAUGAGAGAUAUGCACAACAUACGCCGGAAAUUGUCACGACACCGUAAGAAUAUUCUUCUUUUGACGAGCAUGGCGGUAUCGUUCGUAGUAUCCUGGCUUCCACUGACUUUAGUGAACAUUAUAGCUGAUAUUGACUACCGUACAUUCGAGCAUACGGACUUCCCGUUGAUCCACGCCGUGUGUGUGCUUGUUGCCUUUACAUCAGUGUGUGUCAAUCCUGUCAUCUAUGGCUGGUUCAAUUCAAACUUUAAGCGGGAUCUCCGGAGAUUAUGUAAUCUCAACCCGUCCUAUAAGUGCUCAAAGUAUGUGCUCAUCUUUCGGAGAUCGAGCAGAAACCCGGACAUAAGUCUCUUAAUAUCUACCCUACCACGUGACGUCACUGCUUCGCCACGUGCAGAGGAGGCACACGACACAGCUUUAUGACAUAUGGGGCUACCCCUUGCGCGGAUUAACGUUCGUGGUACGGGGAUGUGUGAGAUUAGACUUAAUCUAUGUCGGAAUAGGGUACGACGACCACGACGGCGGAAGAUCAGUGUUAUUCGAAGUUAGCAAGAUGGGUUAGUCAGUCCAUAAGAAUGGAUCUGCCUAAAACAUUUAGAAAAUGGAAAAUGUACAUCUUACAGCUGUUUAUGCUUCCUUAACCUGGUGUUUUCUUCGCUUUACGGUUACGUUAAGCGCAUAUAUUUGUAGCAAACGUUUAUGUCGAUAUUUGUACUUUGGGAUUUUAGAACGGUUCGUGGAAUAUUGACAAACACUGACUUCUAUGUAACAUGGCGCCAUACUUAUCAGUCUUUGCAGUUUAUAUGGUUUCUAUUUUCAAGUGUCCUUUUACAAACCUUCCUUACCUGAACUGUCAUAUCAACUACGAAAUGGGCUGAUGUUGCUGAAUGUUGUUUGAACAGCAAACACUUUUUACGACUCCAUUUCUUCUCAGUGAUUAAAUCUGUCAGAGUGGGUGGGCACAGUCUGAUCGACUUGUAAUGGAUUCGAAAUUCAUAUUCCCCCGUUGUGGUAAUUUCGUGAGUCGUGGGUAGAAUACAUUUUAUUUGGGUUUCCCAAAUGCGUGAAUCGUUUCCACCUGCAACACGUCCACGUUAAGGUGGAACGUCUUGAUAUAACUGAAAUAUUGUUCAUUAUGGUAUGCAACCACUCACAGACUCAUUCUGUAAAGUAGUUCAUCGUUUUGCUUUGUAAUAUAUGCUGAGCCAUAGACAAUGCUCUAGGAGUAAGCCGUCCUCCAUGUCAAUACAAUGCGUUUAAAUAUACCAGAAAACUCCAUGAUGGGAAACUCCAUGAUCCUUCAAAUGAAUUAUCACAGCGUUACCCUGAUCCCAAUUUUAAUGCUGAUUACUGUUUACACAACUGUAAUGUACAUCUCAUAUAACAUUUCCCUUAAAUAUAUGUUACAAAGGCCAUAUGAUUCUUGUUUCAAGUACGAUGACGUCAACGCAAGUUACGGUUACUGUUGGUAGUUUUCUUCAUGAACAGCGGUGUCGCCUGGUGCACGUGGUAAUGUGUUAAGUAGUCUUGUCCAACACUUCAGCUUUAAUCCCACAUAGGUGUUUGUCAUGCCUGUUUUAUGCUAUGCGAUUGGUUUGUUGGAAUAACUCAAAAGUGACAUAAGUAU